UGGAGACUCCAGGGCACCAGCCUGCAGAGGACAGCGCACAGACUGGAUUACACGAGAACGGAGUCUCCACGGAGGUAGCAGAGGACAACAAAGGAUAAAGAGAAGAAAAGAAGGAGUGGUUGAUGUUAAAGGGAAUAAGAAAGUGCAAUGAAAACAAGUGGAAACAAAAUAUAAUGGAACAACACAGCAGAAUAGAAUACAACUGAUCCAUUUCCGAAAAAACAAGGCACCCGACUCUCUGUUGCUACACAUCCUUCUAAAAAGUGCAUGGGUUCUCGUACCUGCAAUUGAGGUUCGAAUUCAGAAGUGGACAACAAGCAAAGUCACUUUUGGUUUUAAGUGGUCUUCACCUGGAUGCUGUCCAUGAGCCCACUGACAGUUGCCAUGCCGAUACCAAAUCUUUCACAGUAAACGUCCUGCCAGUGCAGAGUCCAGCCUCCCACAGUCUUAUACCACUUGGUGCCAUGGGAACAGCACGGGCCAACAGAUACAGCACCGUAUCACCGGAUGAGGAGGACCUGAACGUCUCCACCCGCGGGCUCCACAAUGGCUAUAGCUUUCCAAACACCCGACUGCAUUCUCCUAGUGGUACCUCCGGAGGAGACAGGCUACCAGGGGCCAAAGGUCAUGGCAUGAACAAUUACAAUGGAACGAUCUCCACAAAAGGACCGAGCCAACUGAGAAGUCGCUUUGUCCAGAAAAAUGGGCAUUGCAAUGUGUCAUUCUCCAACAUGGAGGAGAAAUCCCAGCGUUACCUGGCUGACAUCUUUACCACCUGUGUGGACAUUCGCUGGAGAUACUUACUCCUCAUCUUCUGCUCCACCUUUCUUUUCUCCUGGCUGUUUUUUGGCAUCAUUUUCUACGCCGCGUCCAGAGCCCACGGGGAUUUUGAUGAGCACCCAGGCGUGAGUUCCCCCUCGGGGUUGGAAAGGAAGGGCCCUGGGGUUGGCGAAGGGUUGCAGAAACAGUGGCAGCCGUGCCUCCUUCACGUCGAGGGCUUCGUGGGUGCCUUCCUCUUCUCCAUUGAGACCCAGACAACCAUCGGUUAUGGGUGGCGCUGUGUCACCGAGGAGUGCCCAGUGGCGGUGGUCACCGUGGUGCUCCAGUCCAUAGUAGGCUGCAUCAUUGACUCCUUCAUGCUUGGGAUGAUUAUGGUGAAAAUCGCACGCCCUAAGAAGAGGAACCAGACCUUGCUGUUCUCCAAAAAUGCUCUGAUUUCCCUGCGCGACGGCAAGCUCUGCCUGAUGUGGCGGGUGGGUAACCUGCGCAAGAGCCACAUCGUGGAGGCCCACGUGCGGGCACAGCUCAUUCGACCCUACGUCACGGCGGAGGGAGAGUUCCUCCCCCUGGAGCAGAGGGAUCUUAACGUGGGCUACGAUGAGGGCACCGACAGACUCUUCCUGGUCUCCCCGCUGGUCAUUGUCCACGAGAUCGACGAGGACAGCCCUCUGUACACUUUGAGCCGGGCCGACCUGGAGUCCGACGACUUUGAGAUCGUGGUGAUCUUGGAGGGCAUGGUGGAGGCCACAGCCAUGACCACCCAGGCCCGCAGCUCCUACUUGGCCAAGGAGAUCCUCUGGGGGCACAGGUUUGAGCCGGUGAUCUUUGAGGACCGGACCAGGUAUCAGGUGGACUACGCUCGCUUCCACAACACCUACGAGGUACCCUCCACGCCAAUCUGCAGUGCCAAGCAGCUCAGCGAGAUCGCCAGUCGGACGGAUUCGUCCGCCUCCCCUCACUCGGUAUUCCAAACCAGCCCCAGAACCAACCAGCAUCUCAUAUCCCCGCACUCCCCCAGUAUCUUCUGUUAUGAAAAUGAGGUAGCGCUGAGCUGUGGAGAGGAGGAGAACGAGCAGGAGGGACAAAGAGGAAAUGACAGGGAGGAGGAAAGGAGGAAUUCCGUUUCGGUAGACUUUAAGAACACAAUGACAGCCGGGAGCAAUGUGCUGUGUGUUUUGGACAUGGACAAUCAGAUUGACUUUGACAUUCUGCAGACGACCAUUACUUUCGAUCCUCUGACAUACAAGAGUGAGUCAGGAAUCUGAGGCAAAGAGGACGGCACCUUCAAAAGCGCCGGGGACACACUAUAUGCAUUCAUAUACUGUAUCCCUGCCUGAUCCGGAUUUAGUUAUACAGUCCUUGACUUUGACUUUUAUUUGAGCCAGUCUCAUGUUUUAUGUGUAUGGCGAGAGAGCCAUGGGAGGAUGAGCUACCGGUCCUACGCUGCACUCCUCGCGCCUAUGUUGGACAGUCAUACAGAGGGACCGUUACUUAUGAGACGUGACUUAUAUAGUAGGGUUCAGAAGGGAAAAUAAUGUCCCAUAGUGGUUCUUUCAUAAGUAUUUUUCCUGUGGGGGAAAGCCUCUUUAUGGCUCCAGAGAGAACCGCUUCCUGGUUAUGAGUAGCAAUAGGACUUAGGUAUGCUUCCAGCAAAAGCAUCAACCAGGAACCCUAAAAUGUUCUUCCUGAAACUACAAAAACUGUUCCACCAAAGGGACAGCCAAAGAACUCUUAUGGAACUCUGUUUUAGAGUGUAAUAAGAAAGAAACACCAACAAUUAUUUAAGUACAAUUCUUGUAUAAGGGAAACAGAAUCAUUGUCAGGUUGAAACAAAUAAACAAGACUUGGGUUCCACAUUUAACCAAACCUUUCAAAAUAGAAGAGGUACCACAGGAUGAGCCCAAAAGGGUUAGGGUUAACCCACUUGCUCAAGUCCUGAAAAAAGCUUUUCCACCAUUCUGACUCAGGAAUUUGAUUUAGCAAACUAUUGGUUACUGGUCAGAUGCUCUAAUCACUAGGCUACAUGCUGAACCUCAAUAUUGAUGACCUGGGGUUAAGACCAAUUACCUGUGUGGUAUGAUGAGACAGACAUUUAAUCAAAGGAAGAUUUCUGUUCCAGAAAUUCGUAGAAGGAAAGAAAAGAUACACAGAAACAUUAAGUGACAUUUAUUUAAUUAGCAAUAAUGUUUAUCUACGUAGUUAAGUUACUACAUAGUUUGUUUCGUUUGUGCAUUAUAUUUGUAUUGGUUGUCAACAUCCAGAUAGUUUCUGUGAAUUCAAAAGGACUAAAAAUAUAAAGGAAAUAUGAAUCACACCUGGGGUCAAAUACUUUUUGAAGUAUGUUGACUUUCACACACAUUUUGAAGUUAGUAUUCGGAUGUGUUGUUUUUUUACUUUAAAAUACAGUACCAAUUGGAAUAUUGCAAUAUUGGAAAAAAUUAAAAUACAUUUGGAAAGUAUUGGCAUGUAUUUGAAAAUACUAAAAUGAACUGACACAAACAUUCUUAUGCAGUUAAACCUAGACAUUUUGUACUUUUUAGUACUUUCGAUAGACUGACCAAUUGAUUUUGCCACAACCAUACCCAAAAAUUCAGUAUUAAACGGACACAUCAAAUACACAAUCAUUUUAGCGCAGGUCUGGUUUGAAUCUUUCUUCUUUUGGAAAGAUUAAUGCUUGGCACUGAAACUGUUGAGAGUGAAUACUAGGCCUCAACACUCAGCUGUGCAAUAUAACAGACAUGGUUAUUUGCUUUUGUAGACUAUAAAAAUAACUGCUCCCGCCUGUAGAUAGCAGAAUACUUACACUAUUUUUAUCUGUCAAGUCUUCAUCUGAGCCUCUCCGCUGCAUAAUAUACUGUUGUUCACACAUUGUUUCCAAACUGCAUUUAGCAUAGAUCAAUUUCUUAUUGAUUGGUUGUUGCUUUGCAUAAAAUCAAUAUCAAAUAUUAAUCCAUAAUUGAAUUACCAUACCUACAGUAAUUAUUGUCUGAGAUCUGAAAUGUAUAUUUUGAACAGUAUUUAGUAUUAGUACCUUCAUUUAGAACAAAACUAGUUUUUAUCAUUUUCCAGAAUUAUGCUGUUUAUUGAAUUACUGUAUGUCCUGUUUUUGUGUUGCAAAAUGAGCAUGAAUUUACAAUAAUGGAAACUCCCUCUUCUAUGUGUACAGUGUAAGUAGUAAGAGUAUCAAAACCUGCCAAUCUGGUCACAGAUCAUGUCACCUUUAAAACAAUCCCCUUCAAUAAAUACUUUGGGGGAAUCACCUAAAAGCACUUUCCUUAUAAAGACUGACUUUAGAAUGAAUGUUGAAAUAUGUGUGUGUAUUUUAAUUCCUAUGGAGACAAAUGUGUUUAGGUGGGAUAUGGAUUGGGCAUAAAAUGACAUAAUGACUCAGUUUUGCUAAACGUUCAGUCUCUUGCACUGUUCCAUCUACUUAUCUGAAAGUUGUACACGUCUUUUUCCUUGCUCUACUUUACAACCUUGUCAUUUUCCAACAAAAAUUUUCUGUUCUUGGGUAACAUCUGCAAAAUUAUUUGUGAACAUUAUGUAAAGUAUGUGAGUGUAUGUGGUGUGUGUUUGUGUGUGUGUGCAUACGUGCCCACAGUACAUGUGUGUCUGUGUAUGACAGAGAGUGCUGUGCAUUCCACUUUAGUCAAAAAAUCUUUUAAAAUCUAUUUGACAUUUAUUUGCAGAAUUUGCACUUCUUAAAUACCCAUUAAUUUGUGGGAUAUCAAUCAACUGUUAAGGCACAUGGGAAAGGUUGUUCAUACAAUGCAACUGGCACUUUACAUUUUUAUGUCAAACAAUAGUUUGAAAAUAGUUUUUACGUGUAAAUGUGAUGUUAGCAUCUGCUUGGAGUAAGUGCUGAGAAUCUAUGGUGAGCUAUGUGAACAUCACUAUAUCUGGUUUACCAAGUAUAUUUGUCAGACAAACCAAUUUUGUAAUAAGCUUUGCCCAGAAUAUUUGUGCUAUUUUAUCUUUGCCGCUUGCACUAUGUUAACACACAUUAGCCCUGUGCAAUAUUCAAAACCACAGGUGGAGAAACACAGAACCGAAUAUCCAAAUGCCCGGACCAAUAAAAGCUUGAACUGCAAGUAUUUAUUUAAAGCACUUUUUUCCUUGUGUACCUUGAAGUUGAAAAUAAAUACUCAUACUGUU